AUGACGUCGUGGACGCCAGUGUCCUUGAAGGGUCCAGACACGACCAAGGGCAUCGGAGUCCGCAGAGUGCAGGGAUUGCUGUCCAUUGCCGUCGUGUGCGGACGUGGCACGGGCCUCCAGGACACGGGCCGGCCACACCACACGUACGGCUGGCACCCUCAGGACCCUCUCGGCAAACCCCUUCCCGCUCCUGGACACGGGACACCGCCCUGGGGCCGGGCCCAGAGGGCCAUGGCCUUCGUGGGCUGCUGGCUGUGUCCCCGGCCCUGGCCUCGUCCUCCCCGGAAGAAGCUGCAGGUGACAGACAACAGUUACCGGCUUUGCGGCCCGGAGACCUUCCGGGAGGCAGGGACCCGCGGUGUUUUGUCCAUGUCGGUGGAUCAAGCAGAUAAGUGGUGGCCCUUUGGAACCUCAGUUGCAGCACUGCAGCCUCUGGAAGAAGAAGCUUCCCCGAGACUCGCCAGCGGGAGCCUUUGCCACUUCUGGGCGGCCUUCAGACCCCAGGCUUCCCAGAGGGCCCGCACCCAGACCCUGAGGGUGGGCACGGUGGCCGUGGGGUUUGCCCCCAGGACCCGCUCCCUGGCGACCCGAACGCUGCCGUGCCCCUGGCUCCAGCAGCCGCAGGAACAAAGGGUGGAUUGUGCCUCGUUCUGGGCCCGCUCCCUGGCCGGGCCACUGCCCUUGCCGGGCCCCGUAGGCAGUGCUCAUGUCUGUAGCUACGGCUCCUCCAGCCUGCGAGGGCCCAAUGACACUGGCCCGGGAAGGGAGCGUCUGGGGCACGACGGCCCUUCUGGGGGCCAGGAGGACCCGGCCGGCAAGCAGUGGGCACGGCCCCGCUUCACACAGCCCUCCAAGAUGAGGCGCCGGGUGAUCGCGCGGCCGGUGGGCAGCUCCGUGCGGCUCAAGUGCGUGGCCAGUGGGCACCCACGGCCCGACAUCAUGUGGAUGAAGGAUGACCAGGCCUUGACGGGCUUGGAGGCCGGCGAGCACAGGAAGAAGUGGACGCUGAGCCUGAAAAACCUGCGUCCCGAGGACAGCGGCAAGUACACGUGUCGCGUGUCGAACCGGGCGGGCGCCAUCAACGCAACCUACAAGGUGGACGUGAUCCAGCGGACGCGCUCCAAGCCUGUCCUCACGGGCACGCACCCCGUGAACACGACGGUGGACUUUGGGGGCACCACGUCCUUCCAGUGCAAAGUGCGCAGUGACGUGAAGCCGGUGAUCCAGUGGCUGAAGCGCGUGGAGUACGGCACCGAGGGCCGCUACAACUCCACCAUCGAUGUGGGCGGCCAGAAGUUCGUGGUGCUGCCCACGGGCGACGUGUGGUCGAGGCCCGACGGCUCCUACCUCAACAAGCUGCUCAUCACCCGCGCCCGCCAGGACGACGCGGGCAUGUACAUCUGCCUGGGCGCCAACACCAUGGGCUACAGCUUCCGCAGCGCCUUCCUCACCGUGCUGCCAGACCCCAAGCCACCAGGGCCGCCCGUGGCCCCCUCGUCCUCGACCGCUAGCUUGCCGUGGCCCGUGGUUAUCGGCAUCCCGGCCGGCGCCGUCUUCAUCCUGGGCACCGUGCUCCUGUGGCUCUGCCAGGCCAAGAAGAAGCCGUGUGCGCCUGUGCCUGCCCCUCCUCUGCCCGCACACCGUCUGCCCGCGACUGCCCGCGACCGUGGUGGGGACAAGGACCUUCCUGUGCCCUCCGCCCUCGGCACCGCCCCCGGUGUGGGGCCGUGUGAGGAGCUGGGGCCUCCGGCAGGGCCCCAACACCUGCUGGGCCCCGGCCCGUCUGCCGGUCCCAGACUCUACCCCAAGCUCUACACGGACGUGCACACGCACACGCACACGCACACGCACUCUCACGUGGAGGGCAAGGUUCACCAGCACCAGCACAUCCACUACCAGUGCUAG